AUGGAUGUGUUGGAACCCCCAACGGCUUCCACUCCCUUCUGCCACCCCACUGGCGAGCUACCCGCAUCUGCCAACAACAGCAGCAGCGGCACUGACUCGAUCUGGAUUGAAAAGUACCGGCCACAGACUCUGGAUGACGUUGUUGGCAAUGAAGAGGUCCUUCAGAGAUUGCGACUGAUCGCUUUGGAGGGCAACAUGCCCCAUCUUCUUCUGGCAGGUCCCCCCGGUACGGGGAAGACGUCGAGCGUCCUCUGCCUGGCAAAAGAGCUGCUGCAAGCCAAGUGGCGCAGCUGCUCCCUUGAACUGAAUGCCUCAGACGAGAGGACGAUUGAAGUGGUGAGAGACAGAAUAAAGGCCUUCGCGAAGGAGAAGAGAGAUUUACCUCCCGGAAGACACAAAAUCAUCAUCCUGGACGAGGUCGACUCGAUGACGGAGGCUGCGCAGCAGGCCUUACGGCGCAUCAUGGAGCUCCAUAGCGACACCACGCGUUUUGCCUUAGCCUGUAACUCCUCCUCCGCAGUCAUCGAGCCCUUGCAGUCCCGCUGCUCCAUAUUGAGGUUCACCAAGCUCUCCGACGCACAUCUGGUGCAACGCCUGCGAGAAGUCUGUGCAAAAGAAAAUGUCACCUUCACUGAUGAUGGCAUUGAGGCCCUAGUCUUCUCCGCAGACGGCGAUAUGCGGAACGCUCUGAACAACCUGCAAUCCACAGUGUCUGGAUUUGGUUUGGUGAACAAAGCAAAUGUAGAAAAGGUGUGCGAUACACCUCCUCCGGAAAUGCUGCGGCGCAUCUUGCAGCACUGCACUGCUGGGGACUGGUAUGGAGCCCAGUCGGUGGCUCAAGUGGUGCUGGGCUUAGGGUACACUCCGUUAGAUGUGGUGACUACCCUGCGCGGCGUUUUGCGACGCUCUGAUGCGGAACUCCAGGAGCACCUUCUCCUUGAGUUUCUGGGAAUCGUCGGAAUGACUCAUAUGACUAUGGCAGGGGGCCUUGCCACAGAGCUCCAAAUGGAAAAGAUGCUGGCCCAGUUGUGCAAAGUGGCCAUUUCCCUGCGGCCCUCCAUCAAGCCCUAA